GGGGAGCGCGCCUCGCUCCGGGAGCGCGCUCAUGCAGCGGUUUUCUUCUCCCACAAUCCAGAGGCUUAGGCGUGGGGAGGGGUGGAAAGAGAGGAAAGUAAGCGGAAGGAUAUUGAGCGCGGAGGAAGCAUGCUCGUUCUCUUAAACGAGAGGGAGGCUUGGUUUUGGAGAAUUGGGCUUAGUUCUUCAAAACAAAACAAAAAAGACCACAGGCAUCUGUAAGAUGGAGAAUGAGAUUUUUACUCCACUCCUGGAACAUUUCAUGUCCAGUCCCUUGGUCACUUGGGUUAAAACAUUUGGACCUCUGGCUGCAGGAAAUGGGACCAAUCUAGAUGAAUAUGUAGCCCUGGUGGAUGGUGUAUUCUUGAAUCAGGUCAUGCUACAAAUUAAUCCUAAAUCAGAGAGUCAGCGAGUAAAUAAAAAAGUCAACAAUGAUGCCUCACUUAGAAUUCAAAAUUUAUCCAUUUUGGUGAGACAAAUCAAAUCUUAUUACCAGGAGACUUUGCAGCAAUUGAUCAUGAUGUCUUUGCCAAAUAUCUUAACCAUUGGCAAAAAUCCCUUUUCUGAACAAGGUACAGAAGAAAUUAAAAAACUACUGUUACUUUUACUUGGUUGUGCUGUUCAGUGUCAGAAAAAAGAAGAAUUCAUUGAACGGAUCCAAGGUUUAGAUUUUGACACAAAAGCAGCAAUUGCCGCACAUAUUCAAGAGGUAACGCAUAAUCAGGAAAAUGUAUUCGAUCUGCAGUGGAUGGAAGUGACUGAUUUUUCUCAGGAAGAUCUUGAGCCGCUGUUGAAAAAUAUGGCAUCACAUUUAAAAAGACUUAUAGAUGAAAGAGAUGAACACACAGAGACCAUUAUUGAACUCUCUGAGGAGCGGGACGGUAUUCAUUUUCUACCUCAUUCCUCAUCAGCACAGUCACCUUGCAGUUCUCCAGGCAUGAAGCGGACUGAAAGUAGACAACAUUUAUCAGUAGAACUGGCAGAUGCUAAGGCAAAGAUAAGAAGACUCAGGCAGGAGUUGGAGGAAAAGACUGAACAACUGUUAGACUGUAAACAAGAGCUUGAACAGAUGGAGACAGAACUAAAGAGACUUCAACAAGAGAAUAUGAACUUGCUUUCGGAUGCUCGCUCAGCCAGAGUAUACCGAGAUGAAUUGGAUGCACUUCGAGAAAAAGCAAUCAGAGUUGACAAGCUUGAAAGCAAAGUCAGCAGAUAUAAAGAGAGGCUACAUGAUAUUGAAUUUUAUAAAGCAAGAGUUGAGGAAUUAAAAGAAGACAAUCAAGUAUUAUUGGAAACAAAAAGUAUGUUAGAAGACCAACUAGAAGGAACCCGCACUCGUUCUGAUAAAUUACAUGAAUUAGAAAAAGAGAACUUACAACUGAAGGCUAAACUACAUGAUAUGGAGAUGGAACGUGAUAUGGAUAGAAAAAAGAUUGAAGAGCUAAUGGAAGAAAAUAUGAGUUUGGAAAUGGCACAGAAACAAAGUAUGGAUGAGUCAUUACAUCUUGGCUGGGAAUUGGAACAGAUAUCAAGAACUAGUGAACUCUCAGAAGCGCCACAGAAAUCUCUGGGCCAUGAGGUGAAUGAAUUAACAUCAAGUAGAUUAUUGAAAUUAGAAAUGGAAAAUCAGAGUUUGGUGAAGACCAUAGAAGAGCUUCGAAAUGCUGUGGAUUCUGUAGAAAGCAGUAAUUCCAAAAUUCUGAAAAUUGAAAAAGAAAACCAAAGACUUAGUAAGAAGUUGGAAUGUCUUGAGAAUGAAAUUAUUCAAGAAAAGCAAAGUCUUCAAAAUUGUCAAAAUCUGAGCAAGGAUCUAAUGAAGGAGAAAGCGCAGUUGGAAAAGACCAUUGAAACACUUCGUGAAAAUUCAGAAAGACAGAUUAAAAUACUGGAACAAGAGAAUGAGCAUUUGAAUCAAACUGUAGCAUCCUUAAGGCAGCGAUCACAAAUAAGUGCUGAAGCAAGGGUAAAAGACAUUGAGAAAGAAAAUAAAAUCCUACAUGAAUCUAUUAAAGAAACAAGCAGCAAGUUAAACAAGAUUGAAUUUGAAAAGCGACAAAUUAAAAAGGAAUUGGAACAUUACAAAGAAAGAGGAGAAAGAGCAGAAGAACUUGAGAAUGAGUUGCAUCAUCUUGAAAAGGAAAACGAAUCAUUACAAAAAAAGAUAACUAAUUUGAAAAUUACCUGUGAGAAAAUUGAGACCUUAGAGCUAGAAAAUUCUGAGCUGGAAGUAGAAAACAGAAAGUUGAAGAAGACAUUAGAUAGCUUAAAAAACCUUACUUUUCAACUGGAAUCCUUGGAGAAAGAAAAUUCUCAACUAGAUGAAGAAAACUUAGAAUUAAGGAGGACAGUGGAAUCUUUGAAAUGUGCUAGCAUGAAAAUGGCUCAACUACAGUUAGAAAAUAAAGAAUUAGAAAGUGAGAAAGAGCAACUUAAAAAGACCUUAGAACUCAUGAAAGCUUCUUUCAAGAAAACGGAACGUUUAGAAGUUAGCUACCAGGGUUUAGAUACUGAAAACCAAAGACUGCAGAAAGCUCUAGAGAAUAGCAAUAAAAAAAUUCAGCAGUUAGAAAGUGAACUACAAGAAUUAGAAACUGAAAACCAAACAUUACAGAAAAAUCUAGAAGAGUUAAAAAUAUCCAGUAAACGGUUAGAACAAUUGGAAAAAGAAAACAAGCUACUAGAGCAGGAGACUUCUCAACUAGAAAAAGAUAAGAAACAGCUAGAGAAGGAGAAUAAAAGACUCCGACAACAGGCUGAAGUUAAAGAUGUCACGCUGGAAGAAAAUAACAUUAAAAUUGGAAAUCUUGAAAAAGAAAACAGAAGUCUUUUCAAAGAAACAAGUGUAUUUAAAGAAUCCUGUAUUCGUUUGAAAGAGUUGGAGAAAGAAAACAAAGAACUUGUGAAAAGAGCAACUAUUGACAAAAAAACUCUUAUUACUUUACGUGAGGAUUUGGUGAGUGAAAAAUUGAAGACUCAACAAAUGAAUAAUGAUCUAGAAAAACUUACCCAUGAACUUGAAAAGAUAGGGUUAAAUAAAGAACGUCUCUUGAGUGAUGAACAAAGUACUGAUGAUAGCAGGUACAAGCUUUUGGAGUCAAAAUUAGAGUCUACACUAAAGAAAUCCCUGGAAAUAAAGGAAGAAAAAAUUGCUGCUUUGGAAGCUCGAUUAGAAGAAUCAACUAAUUUUAACCAGCAACUACGCCAAGAACUUAAAACAGUGAAAAAGAAUUAUGAAGCUCUUAAACAACGGCAAGAGGAAGAAAGAAUGCUGCAGAAUUCUCCUCCACGAUCUGGUGAUGAUACUAAAUGGGAAAGAGAAAGUCAAGAGACAACUAGAGAGCUUUUGAAGGUUAAAGACAGGUUAAUUGAGGUGGAAAGGAAUAAUGCUACCCUGCAAGCAGAGAAACAAGCAUUGAAAACUCAGUUGAAGCAACUUGAGACACAGAACAAUAAUCUACAGGCUCAGAUUCUUGUACUUCAGCGGCAGACUAUUAAUUUACAAGAACAAAAUACUACCCUUCAGACUCAGAAUGCCAAGCUUCAGGUGGAAAACUCUACCCUUAAUUCUCAAAAUACCUCAAUUACGAGCCAGAAUUCCCAGCUAUCUGCUCAGCAGCACACCUUAGAAAAUGAAAAUGACUCUAUAGUCAAAGAAAGGGAAGAGUUGAAGUCUCUCUAUGAUGCACUGGUCAAAGACCAUGAAAAAUUGGAGAAUCUUCAUGAACGCCAAGCUUCUGAGUAUGAGUCUCUCAUUUCCAAACAUGGAACACUAAAAUCUGUACACAAAAAUCUUGAGUUAGAACAUAAGGACCUUGAAGAUCGUUAUAACCAGUUACUGAAACAGAAAGGACAAUUAGAAGAAUUGGAAAAAAUGCUCAAAGUUGAGCAAGAGAAAAUGAUGCAAGAAAAUAAGAAACAUGAAACUGUCGCUAUGGAAUACAAAAUACUUCGAGGUGAAAAUGAUAGGUUGAGUCACACAUAUAAUCAGCUGCUGAGAGAGACUGAAGUUUUACAAACUGACCACAAGAAUUUAAAGAGCCAGUUAAAUAAUUCUAAAUUGGAACAGACAAGAUUAGAAGCUGAAUUUUCAAAGCUAAAGGAACAGUACCAACAGCUGGACAUUACAUCUACUAAACUGAAUAAUCAGUGUGAGUUACUUAGCCAACUUAAAGGAAACUUAGAAGAAGAAAACAGACAUCUACUAGAUCAAAUUCAGACAUUAAUGCUCCAAAAUAAAACAUUAUUGGAACAGAAUAUGGAAAGCAAGGAUCUUUUUCAUGUUGAACAAAGACAGUACAUUGAUAAAUUAAAUGAAUUAAGACGACAAAAGGAGAAAUUAGAAGAAAAGAUUAUGGAUCAGUACAAAUUUUAUGACCCAUCACCUCCUAGAAGGAGAGGCAACUGGAUAACCUUAAAAAUGAGGAAGCUUAUAAAGUCUAAGAAAGAUGUCAAUCGGGAACGUAUGAAGUCUUUAACAUUAACACCCACCCGUUCAGAAUCCAGUGAAGGAUUUCUUCAGCUUCCCCAUCAAGACAGCCAAGAUAGUUCAUCAGUGGGUUCAAAUUCUCUAGAAGAUGGGCAAACCUUGGGGACCAAGAAAAGCAGCAUGGUUGCACUGAAAAGACUGCCCUUUUUGAGGAACAGACCGAAGGAUAAAGACAAAAUGAAGGCCUGCUACCGUCGCUCCAUGUCCAUGAAUGACCUGGUGCAAUCCAUGGUCCUAGCAGGAGGACAAUGGACAGGUAGUUCUGAGAAUUUGGAGGUUCCUGAUGAUAUUUCUACGGGUAAAAGGAGAAAAGAAUUGGGAGCUAUGGCCUUCUCUACUACAGCUGUCAACUUUGCAACUGUCAACUCUUCUACAGGCUUCAGAUCCAAGCAGUUGGUUAAUAAUAAAGAUGCCACAUCAUUUGAAGAUGUAAGUCCACAAGGUAUUAGUGAUGAUUCUAGUACUGGAUCAAGAGCUCAUGCUUCCAGGCCGGCCAGUCUUGAUAGUGGUAGAACAUCCACUAGUAAUAGCAAUAAUAAUGCUUCACUCCAUGAUGUCAAAGCAGGUGCAGUUAAUAGUCAAAGCAGACCUCAAAGCCAUAGCAGUGGAGAAUUUAGCCUACUUCAAGAACAUGAGGCAUGGUCCAGUAGUAGCAGCAGUCCAAUCCAGUACUUGAAGCGGUAUACCAGGUCAAGUCCUGUGCUCCAGCAUAAAAUGCCAGAAACCCUAGAUAGCCGAGCCAAGAUGAAAGCUGGUUCUCCUGGGAGUGAAGUGGUUACUCUACAGCAGUUUUUAGAAGAAAGCAACAAGCUUACCUCAAUACAGAUGAAGUCUUCAAGCCAAGAAAAUCUUUUAGAUGAAGUAAUGAAAAGUUUAUCUGUCUCUCCUGAUUUUAUGGGAAGAGAAAAGGCAGUUAGCUGUGGUCUUGUUAGGUCAGUAAGUGGAAAAACCACAACUGACUUUUCUGAUGGACGAUCAACUAAGGCUGACCAGCUUGUGAGGCCCAGUCCUCGAAAGCCUGAAGAUUCUUCCUUCAUUGGUUCUCAAGGAAAACUUACAUCAUCAAGCACUCAAGGAAAGGUCAAGUUAGUAAAAGAAACCUGUGUUUCACAACGACAAUCAAAAGAUAGUAACCCAUAUGCUACUUUACCUCGUGCAAGCAGUGUCAUCUCUACAGCUGAGGGGACUACUCGAAGGACAAGCAUUCAUGACUUUUUGUCCAAGGACAGUAGACAGCCUGUGUCAGUUGAUCCAUCACCAUCUACAGCUGAUAACAUCCCAUCAACAUCUAAUGUGGACACUAUACAAGAAAGCAGGAAUUCAAAAAGCAGGUCUAGGGAGCAACAAAGCUCCUAAUUCUAUUACCCCCACUACAUGAGAUGUGGGCCAAGUGAGAGAGAAAGUGUCCUUCAGUAUCUCAGUAUGAAGCCUUUGUUUCUGAAGUAACAAGACAGCCGACUGUAGGAGUCAUUUAAAACAAAAAAACUUUAAGGGAACUUUUAACAAUCCUUCGUGAGUAGAGCAGGCAAGAAAUGCAAACCUUCCUUCCUUCCUUCCUUGAAUCAAGGAGCACUACCGGAUCAACUGCCAAAAUUUUUAGAAGGUCUUAGGACUUGUAGCACUUUGAACUGUUGGUUAAGAUCUACUGAAUAAAGGACAGUUCUCCUCUCCCUGAGAACCGAGUAUUUUAUUGUUUCAAGAAUUACUCCAAGAAAAAUCUACUUUCAUCAUUUGUUCAAGAAGUUAGCCAUUGAUUGCUCAAUGCUUCUGCUAAUUAGCCCAAAUCUAGCCAUUUAUAUUUAGUUCUGUAAAUCUAAAUUAAUGCUCUUGUAUUUUGUGAACUGUACAAUAUAUCCAGGUACAAAAAUUUUUUGGCAUGUCACUGCCUAUUUUUGGUUGGCAGACUGCAUGAUGUUACUCUUUUAAAAAAUCCUUCCAAUUAUUUUGGUGCAUACUACAAAAAAAAAUUGAGUUUGUGGGAAGACAUGUCUGAGAACUCUACAAUAAAAUAGGAGUUAUUAAAAAUUAGCACUGAAAUUCAUAUGCUUUCCAUGUUCACCAUUUUCAUCACAAAGGAACACUAAGCAAACAUAUGUGGAUGUGGAUGUAAGCCAGUUAAUGAGUGAUUUUCUGGAACUUUAAAAAAUGAGGUGGUUUUCCCCUUCUCCACCUGAUCCCAACCCCUACUUCCCCAACAAAUGGCAUUCCCAGGAUAAAGCUGUCUUACUCUAAAUAUUUUAACUCAUUUUCUUCCUUUGAUAUUGAGGUUUUUUGUUUUUUGUUAUUUUUACAUGAGAGCUGACUAUUGCUUAAGAGGUUUUCUUAUGGCAAAAAAAUAAUGUAAAUAAUUUCAUAUGAUCUGCAUUUUGCCAGGAACUCAUUUAAUUAUUGAGAAUCAUUUAUUAAUAAAACUUUUUUGUCCUUUGUAACCUUACAUUAAAACUGAUAACUAUUAUUGGUACUUUUGAAAUAUUUGUAUGCAUUUGUUACUUCUAAACAUUUGCAAGAAGCACAAAAGAAUAAAUUUAGUUAACCCAGGGAAAUAUACAUGGGAUUUUGUAGUAAUUCCCAUUUUAUAUUAAUAUCAGUUUUAUUUUCUUAAUAAUACAGAAAUGAAAAUGCCUAUUAAUGGGAAUUGAUUACUCAACCUCAGUCUGUAUUUAUAGAGUUUCAUAAUAUUCAUACAAGUUUGAAAUGAGAAAUAAAUUGUUUUUUUUUUUAAUGUUAGUUUACUUCUUAGGCUCUCAGUACCAGCUUACAAAGACGUUUUUGAGAUUUUCCAUAUUUGAUAUAUAUGGUUUUUUCCAUAUAUUUCUAUAUGUGGAUUAUGAACUGUUUGUUUCAUCACUAAUCUAGCAGUCAUACAAAGAGUUUCUUUUUUGUUGAAUGAUUGCCACUGAUACUGUAUUUUAAAACUGUAUUGUCUCAGAGAAAUACAGACAGCGUGAUGUUUUAAUCAAAUUUUUAACAAAAAAUAGGGUAACUUGGGUCUAUCCUUAAUGCCACUUUUACUUGAUUUUUAUUUUUCCAUCCCUAAAACAAAUCACAUUUGCUGCCAUAUGAUAUUGUAAAGUUAAAACAACCCAUGGAUGAAAGGUGCUAUAUAAACAUAAUGGAUUGUUCUAAAACACAAAACUUCACAAAAGACAUGUUUCAGAUUUAUUCUCUGGACUUUCAGAACAUUUCAAAACAUUAUUAGAUGACCAAAAUCUCUAAUGGCUUCUUACACUAAAAGAUUAAAUGAGCAUCCCAAUCUAAAGAAACAUACAUAUUAAAAAAAAAAUAAUACCAAUUUGAUUUCAAGUCAAUAAAUUUGAGAAUAAAAGUAAAAAUUAUGUUUUAGCUAAAUACAUUCAAUUAAAAGAGACUUAAAUUUCUAUCAGAUAACAUCUACUUUGCAAAUAGCACAUAUCCUGGGGCCAUCAAUGAAAUCUGCCAUGUAAUAAUAAGUUGUAGGUAGCCCAACAAAAAGGGGUCUAAUGAUCAUAGGUUGGUCUCCCUGCAGCAUUAAUAUCCUAAAACAAGAAUCCUGCUGGGUUAUUUCAGGAAAUGGAAAGAGCUUAAGGGCAGUCCAAAAUGGUACCAUUCUAAGUAGACUGGGAAUUUAACCUAAAAAAGUAACCUGGGAAGAAGCAACCAAGGGGAAACAAGAUGGUUACUGAAUAGUUUUAACUGUACUUGAUGCCCUCUUUAGAAGAGAGGAAAUAAAACUCAUUGGAGAAAACAGCCAUAAAAAUUUCCCCUCCCCCCCUCCCCCAAUGGUUUCAUGAGACCUUAUUAGGUAGACAGCACUUUUUGUCAUGUACAAUCCUCCUCAGUUAAAUCACAGAUCUACCCUACUGGAAUCUGAAAUGAUGACAAUUUUUCCUUUGGCCUGCUUGUUAAUAAGUAUUUUGGUUUCACCUGAACCAAAAGCUUAGUCUCAAGAAAAACAAAUAAUUCAACAUGUAGGGUCAUAGUCUCAUUUUUGAUAGCCACAAAAGAUUCUACGAAAUAGUGCUUCACACAGAGGCAUAUGUAGAAGUUUUUGGUCUAAGUUUUGGGGUUGGUGAUUACCAAAGAAUUAAAUGAAACAGGUUUGUAUGUAGCACCUUUCAUGCCAGGGCAUGGUAAAACUCUCUUUAAAAUUUACUUGUGCUCAUUAUUGAAUUGCAGCCACUUCUCACAUUCCAUACUUUGUUAACUAAUACUUUGUUAGGAGUGAAAAAUGUGUUGCAACAAAAACUGGAAAUACAUGGGAGAGCAUGUGUAAUAAAUAACUUAAGAAUUUUUAAGUUGCUUCUUAUGAAAACAUGUUUUUUUCCUGGCUACAUUUAAUCCCAAGUUGUAUUUUUCUUUCUUUGAUAUUUGUUUGGAAUUAAUGAAGCAGGUUCAAAAAAGGAGCCCAUUAUCAAAUGUAAACCUUUGUGUACAUGUUUAAAUAGUUUGAUAAUAAUGGAAAUGCCUUAAAGGGAAUGCUUAUGGGUAAAGUGGCACUUAUAACAAUCUUUAACAAAACUUUCUUAUUUAAAAUUGUCUUUUUUUUUAAUCAAGGGCUCUCUUUCUAAAUGUCUGCCAUUGUACUUAUAUAACUGUUAUUAAAUACCAAAUCAAAUAAUACAAA